GCACUGACGCUCCACAUGAGGGCGGCGCGCCUCCGCGGAGCAUCCUAAACUUCCAUCUGCCGGCGGUUUCGCUCUGAGGAGAAUCUUUACCGGCAGGGCUGCGGCUCGUUAUGCGCCUUUUUCUGUCGAGGGGGAGAUGGUAAACCAUGAACGGAACAAGAAGAUCCUGCUGGAUCUGCUGAAGCAGCCGGAGAACAGCCGCUGUGCGGACUGCGGCGCGGCCGAUCCAGACUGGGCGUCUUACAAACUGGGAGUGUUCCUGUGCCUGAAGUGUUCUGGGGUCCACCGCAGCUUUUCUUGUCAGAUCAAAUCCAUAGAGCUGGAUUUCUGGGAUGAUAAACAAGUGGAGUUUAUGAAGUCCAACGGCAAUGCCAGCGCCAAAGCCAUCUACGAGAAAGCCGUUCCACCAUUCUACUAUCAACCCUGUCAGAGUGACUGCAACGUCUUGGUGGAACAGUGGAUUCGAGCUAAAUAUGAGAGAGGGGAAUUUACAGGAGACACCAAGUACCCACCUCUGCCAUACACCACAGGUUUCUUUGAGGGAAUGCUGUGGAAGAAAGGGAAAGAGAACACGCAGUUUCUGAAGAGGAAGUUUGUUCUGUCCGAGAGGGAGUUCACGCUGACGUACUACAAUAAGGACGACGAGUCCAAAGGCCCCAAAGCUGUAAUCUUUAUCAAAGACCUGAACGCCACAUUUCAGACGGAAAAGAUCGGACAUCCUCACGGGCUUCAGCUCACCUACCAGACUGAAAACAGCACCAGAAACCUCUUUGUCUAUCACGAAAAUCCAGAAGAAAUAGUCACAUGGUUCAACGUGAUACGCGCCGCUCGCUAUGCUUACCUGAAGACAGCGUACCCGACAGGAAGUGACAAAGAAUUGGUACCAAAGAUAACAAGAAACUACCUUAAAGAGGGAUAUAUGGAAAAGACAGGACCGAAUCAAAAGGAACAAUUCAAGAAGAGAUGGUUUGUUUUGGACUCUCAAACAAGGAAGCUCUUCUACUUCAAAGAUCAACUGGACGCAGAGGAGUUGGGGGUCAUUUUCAUCGGCACAGAAAGCAACAAUUACUCUGUGAGUCCGUUCGCUCCAAAAAGCACUCGAGGAAACAAGUGGAAGCACGGGAUCAUGGUGGAGACGCCAGAGCGGCAGUUUGUGUUCAUGUGCGAGCAGGAGAGGGAGCAGAGGGAAUGGAUAGAUGCCCUGAGAAAGAUCCAUUCCAGGCCCAUGUCACCGCAGGAUUACGCCGCUGAAGCCAAAAUAAGGUAUAAAUGACGACCUUCACACCAAUAGACAACAAUAGAAAAACUGCAGCAAUACCAGAAGAGGUUAAACCUUUGCAGCAUGAGAGGUGAACUCCACACGGCUGAUCCCUCGCCAAAGAACUGACCGUAUAACCCAAAACUCCUGUUACAAUAAACUUUAAAAACUGUCUUAGAACUAUUAACAUUUGCAAGGUUGUACACUGAAAUAAAAAGUAUGUUUUGAAGUACAUUCCUUUAACAAUGUUUUUGUAAAGUAAAAUAAUAGGACUCAUAACUUGUAAUGUAUGGCCUGUUAUUUUGUAUUUUUGUUAUUUUUUUUUUUUAUAACUAAGACUAAACUGUUUAUUUCUUUGAAGGAAAAGGUAAAAAGAUCAACUUGUGAACAACUUCCAAACAAAAGAAUUAUGUUUUAGUGUAUACGCCUUUAUUUGUAUGUGGUCAAACUUGUUAAGCUCCCAAAUUGAAAUUAUUGUUUGUUGGAAAGUAAUAAAGUAACUUAGGGAAAACGCCUCA